UCAACAAAUAUUUCUUCCCCUAAUACUAUAUAUACAGUAGAUUUUUUCUGUAUUUCUGUAGAGAAUUCAAUGGCUAACAGCAUCUUUGAGUGGAGUGUAUAUUGUUGCAAUUAUAAGGUUUGGCAAAAUAAUAAUUCACACACUGUAAAAGAAUCUUAAAUUCAAUCCACUUAUGACUAUAAUUUAGAUAACAAAUAUGACUUGACACAGAUUUGACUCGCCAUCUGGGUGUUUUCCUGAUUUUAGUCUGAGGUGUGCUGGGAUGGACUUCAGCACUCCCUGUGACCCUGAUACGCAGUAUAGAAAGUGAAUUGAUUGAUGGAUGUAUGGAUGCAGGAUCACUUUUCUUCAAGGUGUUAGUUAUAUAAAUUAGAUUAUGUAAGUGCUACUAACACCUCUGUGGGUGCUCAGAUGUCAGCCAAGCAAGCAGUUUCACAGUUUCAAGAGGUCCCAUAGCAACACGAAGCGUUUUGGAAGUUAAGUAAACUUGUUGGAAGAAAUGCUUUUUAGAUUGACAAUAAAUACCAAUAUAAUGGCUUAUUUUAGAGGUACUGUAAAAAUAAUAACUGAAACUCAAACACACAUGCACAACCUUAUAUAAUUUACAUUGUGUAUCAAAUUUGAAUUAAUUUCUAUACAUUUUGUUGUUAGACUUAAAUAAAUAAAACAGAGUCCCUCUUUAUCAAGUUACUAGUUCAAACGUUUGUGCCACUAAAGUUCAAGACCCGUUGCGCAUAGCUUUAAGUGCCAAUCAAAGUCAGGGUGGGCUUUGCUGUCUUGGGCACUGUGUGAGUGUUAGCUCUGUUAGAGUUGUCUGCCGAGCACGCUGGCAGAAUGACCCCUAUUCCCUUACAACAAUAAACCUGUUGAAAGUUUGAGAAGUUCAACGAGAGAUUGAUAUCAACAUUCAGCCAUCAGUGUAGGUGCUGUGUCACUGUAAGGCUGGAGUUGUCGGACCCGAAAAACUGGUGGAGUGGGGGGAAAUCGUGGAGGAACAAGAACUCCUCUCGAGGGGCAAAUAUGACCGCGCUGUCCCGAGAGAUGAGCCAGGAUGAGCCCGCGCACCAAGCGGCACCAAGUCAGGAGGUCUGCGUAAUGGAGAGCGCCGAGCAGGAGUGCUGCGAGAGGGUCACCAUUAACAUUUCGGGUCUGCGGUUCGAAACUCAACUUAAAACACUUGCACGGUACCCGAACACGUUGCUAGGUGACCCAAGCAAAAGAAUACGUUUCUUCGACCAGUUUCGGAACGAAUACUUUUUCGACAGGAACAGACCAAGUUUCGACGCAAUCCUAUAUUAUUACCAGUCCGGCGGGAGGCUUCGCAGACCCAUCAACGUCCCGGUGGAAAUCUUCUUGGAUGAAAUCCGAUUUUACGAGAUCGGUGAAGACGCCAUCGAGCAUUUCCGAGAGGACGAGGGUUUGUUAAAAGAAGAGGAGCGGCCGAUGCCCUCCAAUGAGUUUCAGCGUCAGCUCUGGUUGCUUUUUGAGUAUCCCGACAGCUCCGGACCAGCCAGAAUAAUCGCCAUCAUAUCUGUUAUGAUCAUCCUGAUAUCAAUCGUUAUCUUUUGCGUAGAAACUUUGCCGGAGUUUAGAGAGGACGAGCAUGUGUUUAACAACCACCUUGCGCAGAACGGAACGUCUGGAAGAAGAUCCAGCCUAUUCAUGGAUCCGUUCUUCAUGUUGGAGACCCUUUGCAUCAUUUGGUUUUUAUUUGAACUGCUUGUGAGGUUUCUCGUGUGUCCCAGCAAAACCUCCUUCUUUAAAGACAUCAUGAACACCAUAGAUAUCGUGGCGAUUAUGCCGUAUUUCGUCACGUUGGGAAUGGACCUCGCCGAGGUUCAAUCCAACGCACAGCAAACCACGUCUCUGGCUAUUUUGAGAGUUAUUCGCUUGGUGCGCGUCUUCAGGAUUUUCAAACUCUCACGGCACUCCAAGGGACUCCAAAUUCUCGGACAGACGCUGCGCGCAAGCAUGCGAGAACUUGGACUGUUAAUAUUCUUCCUUAUCAUUGGUAUCAUAUUGUUCUCCAGUGCCGUGUACUUCGCUGAAGUGGACGACCCAGAAUCGGCGUUUACGAGCAUCCCGGAAGCGUUCUGGUGGGCUGUUGUGUCCAUGACUACGGUUGGAUAUGGAGACAUGUACCCCAUCACUAUCGGUGGGAAGAUUGUUGGGUCGAUGUGUGCUAUCGCAGGAGUUCUUACAAUCGCGCUGCCCGUACCGGUAAUCGUGUCGAAUUUUAAUUACUUUUAUCAUCGAGAGCACGGCGCAGAGGAGCAGGUGGAGUUCACGCACGUGACCUGCGGUCAACCUGUUACGCCGUUGCUGGCGGAGUGCAAUAAGAGCGACAGUAAACCAUCUCUCAUCAAAACAGAUAAUUCAGAUGACGACGAUGUAAAUCCAUCAAGUUUCUUAAAUUGCAGUCCAUUGGAGGAAUACACAGGCAAAUUCACUGAUGUAUGAGACCGGCGUUGAACCAUUUCUAACGCAGCAGAAGUACGAAGAUACCGUGGCGGUAUUUUUUUCUUUAAAGAAGACAAAGGUUCCAACAAGCAUUCUUGUAAUAUAUUGUAAUAUAAAUGUAUGUAAUUGUCAAAUUAUUCGUGCAUAAUUUUAAGCCCUGUUUAAGGCUUAUCGUGCACUGUACGAGAUUUUAAACAUGGAAAAUAAGCUCAGCUUUGUCUUUUCUGUAAACGGUCAUAAUGUGCUUUACAGUGCACGAUUUACAGAUUGCAGAUGUUGUAUUCGCUCAGGUAUAAAUGUAAUUCAUUGAUUUAUUACGGAAAUGGUCUGGGCAGAAAGAGAUCUAAUAAGUGGACUUCUUGUUUGGACAGUGCAAAACAAUGUAAGAGAGGUAGAGACAUAAAAUGCAUUUAAUAUGUGACCUCAACCGUUGUUUUGGCUAGUUAACCAGCCCAAACAACAGCCUCAGACCCAGGGAAAAUCAAUUUUUCUAACACCUUAUUGAUGUAUGAAUUGUUAACUUAUUUUUGCUAAAUAAAUAUUUUGUCAUUUUCAUAGUCAGACGUUGUUUGAGUUCUUACAGUUUUGUAGUGAUGAAAAAUAAUAGGUUGAUGAUGUGACGUAAUGUUCAUCUGACCAGAAGCAUUGUUGUUUACAUUCUAAAUUUAUAUAACAUAUAGUCUGUAUAAGUGGGCUUGGUCAAUUAAACAGAGAGUGAUGAAAACCAUACUUACAAAACUGAACUAUUACAGCAUAAAUAAUGUAUAUCAGGUGGGAGC